GAUCCACCGAAAUGGUUCACAAUCUGAAACGAUUAUUGCUGCUAGCGAUAGCCAUUGUCACUACUACAAGUGGCUCUCAGGGUGCAAAUAUUCUGGGUCUCUUCCCCAGUCUGAGUCCCUCGCACUUGAUCAUCCAAAUGUCGGCGGCUAAAGUUCUGGCGGAGAGAGGUCACAAUGUUACAGUGGUCACGGCACUCAAACCCGUAGUAAAUCAUAAAAAUAUAACUGUGAUCCAGGUGCCACUAACCAAGGAAGAGUCCCAGAUGAUGAGCGACACCGUUGGAAAGAUGUCCAGGAACGACAAUAGCAACAUGGCCCUAUCUCUGCUUCGAAUGUCGGAUCAGAUGGACUUCAUGGUCAGAAAGAAUGCCGAAACCCUGAUGGACGAUCGAGUGAAGGAUCUGUACUUGAAUAACGGCAAUAAAUUCGAUCUGGUUCUCUCUGGGUACUUCAUGAACGAGUUCCAGAUUGGCUUCGCCAAGAAAGUGCAGGCCCCUGUCAUUGUCUUUGCCACAAUGCCUCCUAACCAACUGUUGAAUCCCCUCAUCGGUAAUCCUAUGGAGAUCUCCUACGCCGGAAUCAACGACUCAGGGGAGGUUGGAGGUAAGAGUGUUACCUUCCGACAGCGCUUGAUUAGUUACAUUACGAGCCUCGGUUUCGGGAUCUUUGGUCAACUCUCCGAGAGGCGUAAUCGUUAUUGGUACAGGGAAGUUUUCGGUGACGAUCCCACCUUGCCUGAGUAUUCCGAGUUACUCAAGAACACGUCACUGGUUUUCUUCAGCUCCUACGCAGCCAGUGAGGGACCCAUUCGACCCAAUGUCCCUGGUGCCAUAGAAAUCGGAGGUAUUCAAAUUAAGGACAAGCCGGAUCCGCUGCCCCAAAAUAUGGCGGAGUUCCUGGGAAAUGCUACUGAUGGUGCGAUUCUCCUCUCUCUGGGUUCCAAUGUUCAGGGAAGCCACCUUAAACCAGACACCGUUGUUAAGAUGUUCAACGUUCUCUCGAAACUCAAGCAAAAGGUCAUAUGGAAGUGGGAGGAUCUGGAAAAGACCCCCGGAAAGUCGGACAACAUUCUCUACUCCAAGUGGCUUCCACAGGACGACAUCCUGGCCCACCCUAAAAUCAAACUUUUUAUUAAUCACGCUGGAAAAGGUGGAAUAACUGAGGCCCAGUAUCACGGAAAACCCAUGCUUUCUUUGCCCGUGUUUGCAGACCAGCCCCGUAACGCCAACAGUAUGGUCAAAAAGGGUUUUGGCCUUACUCUAAGCCUGCUCACAUUGGAGGAGCAGCCAUUCCAAGAGGCCAUCCUAGAGAUAUUGUCGAAUCCGCAGUAUGCCCAAAAGGUGGCCGCGUUCUCCUCGCUUUACCGCGAUCGUCCAAUGACCGCCAAAGAAUCGUUCGUCUACUGGACGGAGUACGUCAUCCGGCACCAUGGAGCUGCCCAUCUUCAGUGUCCUUUGGUCCACAUGAACUUCAUAGCCGCCAAUAAUAUCGACAUCUACAUCCUAUUCUUCGUUAUACUAGUCAGUAUUAUAGUUAUUCUUAGGUUGCUGAUUCAAUUUAUUUAUAGAAGGCUAAUUUCGAAGUCAAAGAAGGAAAAAAAUGAAUGA